AUGGCCUCGACGAGACCUACCCGCAAAUCGUCUCGUAUGUCGAGCCCCUUCACCACCAGUCAGAAAGAUGCAUCUCUAUCUGCAGCAAAUAAACCAAAAGAAGAGAAGAAGACCUUUUUAGACAAAUGGGUCGAACCGCCGCUGCGUCAGCCUGCCCCCAGUUUUGAAGAUUACAAAGGCCUAGAAAGACAUGGCGUGCUAGAACACAUGGCCCCUUUGGGAGCCCUUCCAAGUGCAAAAGUGAAGGCAAGAGUCAAGAUUGAAGGUCCUCGACGGGCAAUCCGUGGCAAAAAGAGGGAGACUGCUGCAGCCAAGGAGCGGGCGGAAACCCCUGAUUCCUCAGCCUCUGCCAAUACUAGGAGAUCGGAGUCCAGAAAGAUUGAGGAGAAACCUUCUGCAACAUCUCUACUGCAAGAAGAGGCGGCUGAGAGGAGUUUCCCACCUAGUCCAAGUCCUGGCUCCGGGGUGAAAGCAGUGACGGCAGCGAAAACAUCGAUCGCUUCCACCUCAGAGGUCAAGGCUCCGGAUUCACGUACUCCCGCUGGUCGGGCGAAACUUGAACUGAUUGUCCAAGCCGCGGUCAGGAGAGCUUCUGAGCUUGGAAACCCGGCGCUCGGCUUAGCAAUCAAACAACUGCACACAGAAAGCCUACAAAGGCGAGAUCUGGCUGAUCUCCUGGACGCGGUCUUGAGCCAGCGGUCGACACCGCGACAGACGGGAGAAUUUCAGGCCUACAUCACUCAAGCAAGAAAGCAAAUCAAGAGUCAAAAUUCUACGCUUAAUGGUGGUCGUCGUCUUUCUGUGCCGGCGGAGGCACACUCUACCACCAAAUCCUCAAAGUCGCCUUCGAAGGGUUCACGCUCGGCUGUAACAACCGCUACUGGAAAUAACGUGAGCCCACUGGAAGCGACGGGCCCCAACCAGUCAGACAAGCCCAAGUCAAACCAAAAGGAGUCCGUAAGCAGCGGAAAACGUCGUCAGGCCAACGGCAUGGCUUCUCAAGAAAAUAUUCCCUUGACGCGGUCAAAGAGUGCAUCAAGCUCCUCGUCGCUGUCAUCCAUGACUUCUAUGGAUCAUGAAUUUACUGCGUCCAUGGACGCUGAACCUGGUAAUGCACAGGUUGCCGAGACCUAUGCAAGCAGCCCACCAAUGAACAACGACGAGCCUCACUCGGCGACCGGUCCGAAACUCGAUCUAUUCUCGACAUCAAAUCCUCCAACCAGCAACUCGCUCAAGCGGUCAUCGGCGGCCGCUGGGCUCACUCAGCCCGAUAGCGAUGACACCUUAAUGACAAAGCGCAAACGAAUGUCACGGGCCUUCGAUGACUACAAGGUCACUGAAAGUAAUGUCCGAGUUGAAACAAAACCUCAGCAAGAGAAUUCGCAAGAGGUGACCCCGACGACGAAACCGUCAAACGCUCCGACAGUAAAGCAGACUCUUCGCCUUCGAAAUAGCACCAGAAAAUCUGCAAGACAUGAGCCGGAGCAGCCCCAAUCUCCAUCCUCGUCCGUUACUGGUGGCCCUCGUUCGCCGGCGCCGGCUCUCAUAGGGAGCGCCUCUCGAGCUAGUACUCCAAUUUUGGGUGGGCGUCCACUGAAGAAGAACAAAAAAGGCGCUCGCAUCAAGAUGUCGCCAUCAAAAAAGAAGUCGGGUGUUAUCGCAGGCAUCGCUCGUGGAGGUGGCGCGGCAAGAAACUCGCUCGGCUAUGGGCCCACGGAUGAAAAUGAAGAUUCGGAAAACGAUGAAUUCUGUUCGGCUUGUGGAGGCAGUGGUUAUCUCCUCUGCUGUGAUGGAUGCGAUAGAUCUUUCCAUUUCACUUGUCUUGAUCCUCCGUUAGAUCCCAAUCGUCCUCCAGAUGACUCUUGGUAUUGUUUCAUUUGCGAGUCAAAGAGGGGACCGCCAACACAGUACUCGAGAGGUUUAUUUGCGGCUCUUUUCGGCAAUUUGGAGAAGAAGAAUCCUGUGGCUUUCAACCUCCCUCGAGAAAUCCGAGAGUAUUUCGAAGGGGUCAGGACGGGCGACGAGGGUGAAUACGAAGAGGCUGUCACGCAAAAAUCCAAACCACGUGGGGGUUAUGAAGAAUUCCCUGACCUCUUGAAAUUGAGGGACUCAAAGGGAAAAUAUGUUUUGUGUUUUCGCUGUGGCAAAUCGGCGCUCAAUAACCGAGAAAUUAUUCCAUGCGACUUUUGCAGUUUGCAGUGGCAUCUCGAUUGUUUGGACCCUCCUAUGGCCAAUCCCCCUCCAAAGGCUCUGAACGGAAAGUCCAAGCACAACUGGAUGUGUCCAAACCAUGUCGAUCAUGAGCUGCUUGCUCUUGAUCCAUCAGUCCGCCAAAAUGCCAAGCAAGGCACUGCUGGCAUUGGUAGAAUGCACAAGGUCAGACGACCAAAGAAUGCUAGAAUUGUGGAUCCAGCCCUUCGACGUGGGUUCAUCAACAACGGGCUCAUUGAGAUUGAUAACGACUCGAGCGACGAGGACGAUUUUCACGAUCAGGAAGAGUUUGGGGUGGUCUACCGUCUCCCGGAAAGAGGUGUCAAGCUGGAUUUCAUCGACAAGGUUAAGCGAACUUGUUGGACUGAAAUACGGCCGUCCAUCUUUACGCGGCCUGGAUCUGUGGACAUUUCUGAAGCAAACCCGCCCGUGUCGGCAGAGCUUCAAAUGAAGAUCAAGAGUGAAUUUGACAGGCGAUCUUUUGCCGACCGGCAGCUGGCUUUGAACCUUGCACAGCUCUCUGGUUGUGGCAGCAACUUGAGCCUCAGCGCUGAUGCCGUAGAGAAUCUCAUCAACACCUUGAUUGCUGAAGCUCCGUCUGAUGUGGCUUCGCUAAUGAUAGACUCGGCUGAAAAGGCAUCCAACACUCCACCCUCUCCUCCUGCUUCUGACUCUCGUCUUGGCCAGUCCGAAGCCGGUCCCGUCUCCGACAAAGAAAGAAACACUUUACUUAUGCUCCAAGAGCUCAUUCGUCGUCGCUUGGAGACUUCUUCUCUGGAGGCUUAA